UUGAUCUCUUUCCCUUCUUUCCCCUUCCCCCCACUACCUUCACAUCAUCCUUCGGCUCAAUCUGAUCCCCUCUGCCCAUCCGUCAAGGUGGGGUAAUAGGAAGGGUGAGGCUCUGCUGAACCUCUCCAUGUUGAUUCUCAGUCGUACCAGGUCAACGGGAAGCCCCACUGGUCCUGCGCUGGCACCUGACACCCAUCUGCUGUGCUGCAUAUCUCUCGCCCUUGCUUCUGUGUCGUACUGUAGGGCCAAUGCAGUCUGAUCUGCAUACCAUGACUGAUGCAUCAAUCCAGUCCUCGGACAGGGAACAUCCAGACAAUGUGUAUGGAACAAGCAAUGUGUCAUCUCUCAGAUAACCGUUGUCUAUGUCGACUGCUGCGAGAACAGACUUGUUGCCCCUUUUUGCGAAUCAAUCCAAGCCCUCCGGCUUGAGUACAGAAGUCGCCGUUGAAGCUUGUCCCAGCAAGUCAACAGUGGUACUGCAGCACGCCGCAGAACACUCGCUUACACUGGCCCCCUUGCCUGCAGGGCCCUGCUCCCUUCUCAAUGCUAGUGCCGCUGCCAUACACGUGGACAGCGCAUAGUGGGUGACUAUCGCCAUCUGUCCAGAACGAACAGAUAGCCGUCGGCGAAAAGGAGAUGGGCUUCUCGUCCAAUACUGAACAAAGUCGAUACGACCCGAGACUGCACAGCACUGAUCUUCAGGAGCAAGAGCUAUUGUUUCUGAGUUGUGCCAUCUCCAUAGCGUCAAAGAUGCCACCGGCGCAGCUGAUCGGACACGAACUCCGGCUCAAUGCAAUUCCUCACGAGAUCGUCGAUCUCAUGCGGCGGAACACAACGUCGGGGAAGCGUUCUUGAACGAGCCGAGCUCCUUCUUCCGAGGAGAUGAUAGUAAUUCAACAGACCGCUCGGAGCAUCGCUUGACAUGCUUGUGCAUCGCUUCGGAGGUUGAUUGGUAAUAUCAGACUGGCUGGAGGAGCUCAUUGCCUGGCUUGUAGUCGGUGUGGUUAGCUGUAACUAUCCGUCUCGGACGCGCGCCGCCGGCCGCAAGCUGCAUGGGGUGUGCCAGCCUUCAUGGUGUAGUUGGCGGGGGGGACGCCAUUAUCCUUAAAAGACAGAGAGGUGUCCCCGAUCCUCGAAGACACAAGCAGAGAAAGCGAGUUUGUCUUUCCUCCACCUUUGGAUCUCUCCAACCGCUUCAAAUUCUUGUCGAUUUGCAGGGACUGCAACCUCGGCACUUGCAAUCCUGUCAUUGUUGGGCGGUAUCGUUCUUCUUUUGUCCAAGUGCAGGCACUGACCUGCAGGAGCUACUGGCGAAUACCAACCGGCCAGUGUUGCCCCUCUUGUGAGCAACCCGAGCGUCCCCACUCCUACAACUCAAUCAUCGGUUCUCUUCAUCUUUAUGUUGUGCAUCGAUUCUCGACUUCGGAAUCUCGAGCUGGGUCUCUUCCGUUGACCUACGUCCGUCUGGCAACGGCCAGCAAGCUUCCCUCGUUCUCCUGUCUUCUUUUGUUCGGGCUAGUCAGGCUUGCUUUCACAGGGGUUUGCGUCCCCCGAUCAUCGACCCUCUUUGAAGUUCCGACUGCGACUUGCCCGCCAUGUCCUUCAACGACUCCGGGUCCGAGUAUUCGUACUAUUCGUAUUCUUCGGCCGGGUAUGCUCAGCGAGACGUCGAUGGCUCUGCUCCCCGAUACGCUUCCAGCAUCCAUUCCUACGCGGCUUCGUCUUCUGCUUCGCAAGCAUCCGGACAUAGCUCCGGCAGUGGCAGCCAGAGGUACUACACCCACACGCCAGUCACCGGCUUCUCGUACGACGAGUAUCGUAUGCCUCAAACGUACUCUGAUACUCCACCUCCGUCAACGCACACUGCACUCAGCACAUUCCACCGAGGUGUCCAGCAGCAACAGACCGCUCCUCUGCCAAGCAGACGCAUGCUGCAUUGCGAAUUUCAACCUUGGACCGGUUGUCAGCAGCAGUUUCGACUUGACGACGUCGGUGCCUGGAUUAGACAUGCCGAGGACGAGCAUCUGCAACGCAUGUUCCCCACGGAAUGCAUUUGCUGGUUUUGCGACGAUAUCGUCUUCAGCACCCAACGUUGCUCCGACGCUGGGCUGAACUUCACCCAACGCAUGGAACACAUCGCGGGCCACAUCAUGGACGGUGAUCAUUUCGAGCACAGGCGACCCGACUUCCACUACCUCGACCAUGUGUACAGGGUCGGAAAGAUAUCGCGCCAGGCGUUUGAGCUAGCUAGAGGAGCCAGUGAGGGUCCCCGAACGUCGGGGGUUCUGCACCCGGCGGGUUGGAGGCCAGCCAGCCGUGAGGCAGCAAUCGUCGUGACGGGGGGCGGUAGACGACGGCCUAGGGAGCGUCGUUCUUGAAGGGGGGUUGAAGGUGAUGAAUGGUUUUUUGUUCUUUUUGGACGCUGUUGUCGUCGACUUGUCUGCCCUUGCAUGCUGCGAGUGCAGUGCAGUCGAUAAUUCUGGACAAGUGGGUAACAAAUGCCUUUUGAUAUCGGAGCGGGCCGAGAAGCGGCAUGGUCGAUCAUGCAGUGGGGGGCGGGGGCUGCAAGUUUCCCGAUUUGCCUUUCAGGCUUUUCACGGACGGCGGCGAACGAACGUUCAUCUGAUUUACCCUUCUGUUAAUAAGGUUUACUAGUACCCAUAUUGUCGGGAAUCCGCGCAGGCUCACCUCGAAGGAGGCAGUGUACUGCAGGGACCCGUACGUCGGUCGGUCUGUAACCUAGAUUGGUCAUCCCUGUCUUGUAUACCCGGAGCCCGAGGACAUGUGCGAGGCUUGAGGCCACCUACAGAGACGAGGCACACUUAGGUGUUAGGCUGCCUGGCAGACCGACUGAGGUGGCAGAUAGGAGGGGAGGCAAUCGGACAAGGCGGACGCCUGUUGACAUUCUGUGAGGCUUCAUCCCCUCUUCCUGUGUGUCCACGGUGUCUGGCGCUUGAAGGUUGAUGAUUUUGACUCACUUUCUUCGGGUGUUCUUCCUUGGAAUAUUUUGUUACACACCUCUCCCGGUUUACUCCCAGGACCUGAGGGCUUGAUUCUGCACAGGUGUUGAAGGAUGGGUCUGUCUGAUAGUUUGGGUCAGAGGUAUGUUCAUAAUGAUGGGUGUACUUGGACGGAGGCCCUCGGGCAGCUACGACCUGUCAGACUGCCAGUCAGGCGCUCACCUCAUCGGCCCCCUUUUCCACUGCAGGGACUGCUCUUUCUGGUUUCGAUCCAUGUCUUCUGCCUCAAUAAGAAAAGAAAAGAAAAGAAAUCCUCCCCACUCCCUGCCAGCGUACCUAGGUGGCCAACAGCGGGUAAGCGGGCUCCGGACAGAGUUGGGCAACUAGACCUUACAUGGCAUGCUUGUAUUUCUACUCAGUACUUUUAUCAACAUGCCUUCUCAAGCUUCUCACCGAGUAGCCGACCCAUCCAAAUGU